AUGGGCGUGCCGGGCCUGUCAGAGUGGCUGAAGGUGCUCAGCCUUGAAGAUCGCAGCUGCGAGGUGAUCGCAUGGUGUGAGGAACAGGGUGCUGCUACCUUGACUGAAGUCGCAGAGAAUCGGGAGGAGUUAGCGCAUGUCUUGGGGGACAUCCCUGAGCUAAAGGAAGGACGAGCUUUGACACUGGCCGAGCUUGUCUCACAGCGUAUCUACAGUCAUGAUCUGGAGGAGAUCCUCAUGGCACUCAUCUCUGUCUUGGACGAGGACCAGCUGAAGCACGUGGAGCUCUCGCUGAAACCGGGGCUUUCAUCUCUUCUUGCCCGCUUGGCUCUCCGAUGCCGACAGGUUCCACCCGCCUCCUGUUCUCCUGAGCCACAAGGCAGUGCUGCCAGUGGAUGCCUCGGAGAUUCGAGUGCUCCACGUGGGAUUGCCCUCACUGCCGAGACGGCAUCGCAGCUUAGUCACGGAGACCAAGUUGUUCUGCAUGUGCUCGCUGGCCGCUGGCAGGGUUGGCACGUCUGCGAAGUCCUGGAGGUGAGGACGCAAUCCUUCUACCUGCGCCACGUGGAGGAUGGCUUCGAAGAAAACAUUCCCUGGGCCCUUCUGGGUGGUGGCUCCUACCACAUCGAGCUUCUGGGCAAAGACAGCCAUGUGUCUGAGCCCAGCUACUUCACCAAGACCUCGCAAGUGGAGGUCACUGCGGCGCCCUACAUCAGCAGGCGUGACGCGCGGCUCCUGCGCCUGGCAGAGCGCGGCGUCGGCUCGCAGCGGGGCGCGCGAGGCGCUGAUGACCUCUGCGAGUCUUGCGGCCGAUCCGCCUGGCGCGGCCAACGCAGCCGCGAGGACGGAGCGCUGUACUGUGACGAGUGCUGGGCGAAUUCGGAGACCUGCGUCUGCGCCAAGCCGGCGACCAAGGAGCGAGUGCUGGAGCUGCUCCGAGUGCAGCUUCGAGAGUUCAGCAAGGCAAUCUUUCAGCAGAAGCUCAACGAUCUGAAGCAGAGUUACGACACUGCAUCAGGCCGGCUCUGGAAGAAGAACUUCAUAGACCCGGAGCUACCUGUGGAGGAUCCUGAUGGCUACUACCACCUCCCAGGAAGAGCCGAACUUGCUCUGCGCGUGCAGAAGAGGAUAUUACCUCGUUUCGGCUUCGAAGGCACCAAGGAUGGGGUCAAGGAUAUGAUUUGUCAUUGUGCAAGCUAUCUUGAAGAGUCGGACGUUGCGCACCUCUUCGAUAGCCUGAACAUGAAGUUGGGUAUGUCUCCUGAUGCCUGUCGGCGUUUCAGAAAGCUGGCGUCGCAACUUCCAAGCUGA